AUGAAGAAGUUCGGCAAUGUCUACCUCAUCGCAGCCAUCUCCAUCAUCGGAGGUGGUCUGUUCGGUUUCGAUAUCUCCUCCAUGAGCGCCAUCAUCGCCACCGAUGCCUACCUGAAGUACUUCAACCAAGGCCCUAUCCCAGGCAAGGGUCCAACUGCCAACACUCAGGGCGGUAUCACUGCCUCCAUGGCUGGUGGCUCAUGGCUCGCGUCUCUCUGCUCUGGCUUCAUCUCUGACCGCUUCGGUCGCAAGACGGCGAUUCAAAUCGGUGCCGUCAUCUGGGUCAUUGGGUGCAUCCUGGUCUGCGCUGCUCAAGAUAUCCCAAUGCUCAUCGUUGGCCGAAUCAUCAACGGAUUCUGCGUCGGUAUCUGCUCCGCUCAAGUUCCGGUCUACAUCUCUGAAAUUGCACCACCCUCCAAGCGUGGCCGACUCGUUGGAGCACAACAGUGGGCUAUUACUUGGGGAAUAAUGAUCAUGUUCUACAUUUCGUAUGGCUGCUCCUUCAUCAAGGGAACCGCAGCAUUCCGCCUUCCAUGGGGCCUGCAGAUGAUUCCAGCUAUCAUCCUCUUCUUCGGCAUGAUGUUCCUGCCCGAGUCUCCUCGCUGGCUCGCCUCGAAGGACCGCUGGGAGGAGUGUGAGGAAGUCCUCAUUCUCACCCACGGCCAUGGCGAUCCAAACUCCCCAUGGGUCGCCCGCGAGUUCCAGGAAAUCAAGGAAUGGAUCGAGAUUGAGCGUCAGGGCAAGCAGACGUCUUUCCUCGAACUGUUCUCUCCUCGCUACAUCAACCGCACCCACAUUGGUCUCUUCACCCAGAUCUGGUCCCAAUUGACUGGCAUGAACGUCAUGAUGUACUACAUCACCUACGUCUUCGCCAUGGCCGGAUUGACUGGCAACACUCUCCUGGUCUCGUCGUCGAUUCAGUACGUCAUCAACGUCGUCAUGACGGUGCCAGCUCUGCUCUUCGUCGACCGUGUCGGUCGUCGCCCCACACUCAUGGUCGGCUCUACUCUCAUGGCUAUCUGGCUCUUCGCCAACGGCGGUCUUCUCGCCAGCUACGGUACCGACCCAGGCCCUGACGGCGUUGGUGGCAUCAAGGAAGCCUCUGUCCAAGUGAGCGGUGCAGCCUCGAAGGCCGUCAUCGCCUGCUCGUACCUCUUCGUCGCCUCGUACGCUCCAACUUGGGGCCCAGUCUCCUGGAUCUACCCACCAGAGUUGUUCCCCAACCACCUUCGUGGCAAGGCCAACGCUCUGACCACGUCUGGCAACUGGAUCUUCAACUUCGCACUUGGCUACUUCGUUCCCCCGGCCUUCGUCAACAUCAAGUGGAAGACCUACAUCGUCUUCGCUGUCUUCUGCGUCGCCAUGACCAUCCACGUCUUCUUCUGCUUCCCUGAGACCGCAGGGAAACCACUCGAAGAAGUCACCGAAAUGUUCGAGAAUCCAAACGGCAUCAAGUACAUGGGCACCCCCGCCUGGAAGACUUCGUCCGUUGCCAAGAAGACGCAAGAGCUCGAGCACGGCAUUGGUCUGGAGAAGAAGAUUGACGACGAGCAUUCUCCAGAGCGUGUUGAGGAGGUAACCAAGCAAGAGGUUUAG